AUAAUUAAUAAAUUAAUAAUUAUAAAAUCAUCAAUGGAUUUAGUUUAACCGAACUAGAUCCAUUUCCAUUUCAGUCUUUGGUACAAAGUUGGAUUGUAGCCGUCUCCAGUUUUAUUAUUUUUGACACAUCUAAUAUUCGGUAGUUAAUAUGUCUGAAAGAAAAGUAUUAAAUAAAUACUAUCCACCUGAUUUUGAUCCUUCAAAAAUUCCACGGAUGAAACUUCCUAAAAAUCGACAAUAUACUGUUCGUCUUAUGGCACCAUUUAACAUGAGAUGUAAAACAUGUGGUGAAUAUAUUUAUAAAGGAAAAAAAUUUAAUGCACGUAAAGAAGAUGCUGAAAAUGAAGAUUAUUUGGGUAUACGUAUUUAUCGUUUUUACAUAAAAUGCACAAGAUGUCUACAAGAAAUAUCUUUUAAAACUGACCCACGUAACACGGAUUAUGAAAUAGAAGAAGGAGCUACACGAAAUUUCAUGGCUCUAAAACUUGCACAAGAACAAGAAAAGAGAGAAGAAGAUGCUGAAAAGGAAGAAGAAGCUACUAACCCGAUGAAGUUAUUGGAAAAUCGUACUCAGCAAUCUAAACAAGAAAUUGAAUUAAUGGAAUCCCUUGAAGAGCUAAGAGAUUUAAAUAGACGUCAAGGUAAUGUGGAUUAUGAUUCAAUGUUAUUAAAGUAUAACCCUGCAGAAUUGAAGGAGCAAAUUAAACGGAUGCAAGAAGAAGAAGAUGAAAAUACAGUAAAAAGUUUAAUGGGUAUUAAGCGUAAGAUUGAUGAAAAUGAAGAUGAAGAAUUAGUAGAAGAUAAUAAUAUGACCAAAAGUAUAAUAAAAAACGUAAUCACUUCAACAGCACAAUCUAGUGCAAAGAAAAAGGUCUCUAAACUCAAUCUUUUAAACUUAGUUAAAGUUAAUAAUGUGACAAGUACUAAUAAUGUCUCUAGUACUAAUAAUGUCACAAGUAUUAAUAAUAUCAUAAAUACUAAUAAAACAAAAGAAUCUUGUAAUUCAUUAUCAUUAAUUGGCAAUUAUUCAAGUAGUGAUGAUUCUAAUUAAAUACUAAUUUGUAUCAACGGUUAAUAUUUAAAUUAUAAUGUUUGACAAUU